AGGUGAUGUGAGAAAAUUGGCGUCUGUCUCUCAUCCAUAGACACUAAUGGGACAUUACCAUAAGGUAACCCGUCCUUAUCUACACACGCGGAGCGGUAUUCAGCUGAUUGCUAGUUAGGGUUUCGGGUAUCGAGUAUGGAAACCCUACCUACACACGUGUUUACUAUGUGUUACCUGUUAUACAGGUAGAUAAUGCAGAUACUGAAUGUGCUGGCUUCAGACGUCCAUGUUCAGGUACUGCUAAACAUGUGAGUUAUACAGACGAUGUAUGUGUAUAUUGGAUAUGUACCGGUCCGUCACAGUGAGUGAACACCACAGGUGAACUGGUGGCAAAAGCUAUCUUAGCGUUACAAAGCUGCACGAGAAAUCGACAUAAGACGACACUGGACAGUAACCUGUGAAUAUAACUAGCGUUAACGUUGCUUACAUAGUUGACUACCAUCAUGGAUCGAACCCGCAGUCAUUUAACAAUUGCUUGUAACUUUUGGAUUUCGAUAGGCGUCGCCCAAUGGAUUGCUCGAGCAGCUUCCGGUUUAACGGAGUACACCAUGCCAUGUGUCUGUCUAACAGAACCUGUAAAGUCCGGAUCACUUGACAGUCCGAUCCUCCUUCUCGAAAACACCGACAAAUGGGGCGGAUAUCUGGUGGCCGAGCAGAAUGGCAAGAUACACGCUUACACUUCCGCAUGGAAGAAACACGAAGAGUUGUUUCUGGACUUGAGUGACAUUGUGGCAUUUGACAAUCAAGACCCGACGGACGAGAGAGGGCUUUUAUCGUUCGUGUUACACCCGGCGUACCGUGAAAACGGGAAGUUUUAUACGUACUCUACUCGGACGUAUGACGGACAAGACUACAUCGUGGUGUCUGAGAUAAAGGAGACGGACGGACGAGGAGACUUAUCCACGGAGAAAAUUUUACUGGCCAUCCAGCAGCCAUCUGCCAAACGGAACGGUGGAACGGUAUUGUUUGGACCGGAUGGUUACCUGUACAUCAGUGUAGGGGAUGGAGGGGUGCCAGGAAACACGGGCAACGAGCAGAUGGCAGGUCAGGCUCAGGACGGACAUAGUUUUCUUGGCAAAAUAUUGAGGAUAGACGUGGACAAUUGGGAGGUUAAAGAUGACAUUUUGCGCUACUUCCGGAUUCCGCCCGAAAACCCUUUCAUUGGCAACCAGAGCUUCCGGCCAGAGGUGUAUGCGUACGGCUGCAGAAACAUGUUCCGGUGCAGUUUUGAUGAAGGAAGUCCAGGAAAGGAGAUGUACUGCGGAGAUAACGGAAAUCACGACCAGGAGGAAAUCAAUAUCAUAAAGGAAGGCGGUAACUAUGGCUGGAACAAAAAGGAGGGAAACGUCUGUUUAUCACCGGGAAAUUGUCAUUUAGAGAACGAAGUACCUCCUAUAUACACGUUCAACAACUCGGAGACGCACCAUGCUGUUAUAGGGGGGUACGUGUAUCGCGGAUCAGCAUUCCCAGCCUUUAAAGGACAUUACCUGUUCGGGGACGUUGCAGGGGGGUUGAUGAGUCUCGACAACACUACAGGCCAGCUAGUACGACACAACAUCUCAAUUUGCCCAGAGGGCUCAUGUCCUUGUGACGCACGCGCUGAAUACGGCAAUUUCUUGCGCACGCUUAGUCAAGAUAACAAUGGAGAGCUCUAUGUGAUGACCACGACAUUUGGAGCGAGCGGCCCCUCCUCAGCAGUUCUUAAAUUAAUGCCGAAGAGUGCCAGCCCGGUCACGUGUGCAGCAGGAAUGGCCCAGCUGUCCCUGACAUUGACCACAUUCAUUGGUCUACUUGCUCACGUCAUGAAGAACAUAUUGAGUUAGAGCGUGGCAUGCUGAGUAUCUCCUGACAACUCGAAAAGCCGAAUACCUCUACCCAAGCAACAUGUUGAAAUAGUUCGGAAAUGAAGUUUGAUAUGUCGCAGGUCAUUUCGCGGUUGCAUACCAGAUUCUUUACCAUAAUGCUAAUCACAUCACUUUUGCAAGUACUUGUUUGACCAUUAUAAUUCCCCAACGGAACUAAAUGUUUGUUUCUGGAUUAUGGGCUGAAUUUGACCCCCACAAAAGAGGAUGUGUAAUUCGCGAUUACAUAUGGACCUGGUUUGUCACAUAGCAGUCAGAGAACAAAGGCCCGUAGAGCUCCAUUCCCAAACAUGUGGGCGUGAGCUAAGUUCUCAUCGUACUGGAACAGCACCAGGUGACAGUCUUCAAAAUGUUUCAUUAGAGAAAACGACGAAUACCCAUGUCAGGCUGACAUCAAAUAUCUUCGAGCUUGCACUGUUUAUGUUGCAUUUCAAAACCUAUAGACGGUCAUUUGUGUUUUACGUUUGCAAAACCACUCAAGAUCAUACAUGAAUGGUGGUGAUGUUAUGGAAUAUUUCAAACACGUUGUCCUGUAGGCGGAACUGUGAACAAUAGCCUGUACUUAGUUGUUUUGGACUGAUUUCGACUGUUUUAGUUGUCUUUGAUAAUGAAGACAAUUUCAGCAUGAGGCUGCAGUGUCCUCAAUACUUUCUGAAGGCUUAUUGUACACGUCAUUUAUGAUCGACAUUAGGAAACUUUUGUCGUUUAGUUAGCCCGAGUUUCCUCUGGCCCUAACACCAGACUUAGACUUUUUGACAUGAAUAUGUCUGGUGUGGGGUCAGAGUGCACUGCUCUAUGAAAAUGUGGAAUUCUCCGACACCGUUUGUUGUUAGGGCCAGAGGAAACUCUGGCUAUCGUUUAGGUUGUCUUUUGACGUUAAUCACGAACACCAUCCGUUCAAAAAAUAAAUGGAGCGGUAACUUAUUCAAUAGGCUUUGUAUAGUGAGUAAAAAAUAAGACAAGUAUUAAAAUUAUGUUUUCAGUUUUUUUUUCAAAACGGCUAUUGAUCUCAGAUGUAUUCUUUCAAAACUGUAUUUGGACGUAUUCUGUACACUAGAAUCGUAAAGAUCUACUGCUUUACUUACCUUUCUCUGGUAAGCGUAAAGUGAGUUAACGUAUUGUAACACUGCACAGGAGUGCUACUUUUGUCUUAUACAUGUAAAAUAUGUGUACGUGAUCACAAAAUCUUGGUACGUGAUGAUAACAUAUUGGAUCGUGAUGAUGAAAUAAUGAACGUGAGGAUACAUUUUGUGAACAAAAUGAUAAGUUAGUGAAACGGCUGAGAAGCCAUCUUUUACCAUGGUUAAAGGUGAUAAAAUGUCACGGUAUAAUGUCACGUUAACAACGAUAAAACGUGAUAAAACGUCAUAAUAUAAUGUCUCAUAAACAACGCUAAAAUGUCACUGUAUAAUGUCACGUAAACAACGGUAAAACGUGAUAAAAUGUCACUGUAUAAUGUCACAUAAACAACGGUAAAACACGAUGAAAUGUCACUGUAUAAUGUCACGUAAACAACGGUAAAACGUGAUAAAAAGUCACUGUAUAAUGUCACAUAAACAACGGUAAAACACGAUAAAAUGUCACUCUAUAACGUCACGUAAACAACGGUAAAACGUGAUAAAAAGUCACUGUAUAAUAUCACGUAAACAACGGUAAAAUGUGAUAAAAUUUCACUGUAUAAUGUCACUUAAGGAUGUACUCUUCUGAGGUUUCAGUCACGUUUUGAUC